UAUUCUCUUCCACUGGGGAAGGAGCGGGUCAGUUCAAUGUAGCAGUUCAGUGCUCUGGAAACACGUGUCUGAGUCGCAAUAAAACGAUCACUUCCGGGUUCCUUCUCCCUGCCUUUGAAAAGCUGCGGGUAAACGGGAGCAGUGGCCAUUCGAGGCAGGCAUGCCGCUGCAGCAGCUCCGAGACGCUGAUGGCCCGGUGGAGACACAGAUGUCUGGAUGUGGCGAGUGGAUUGAGUAUGAUAAACUACAGCUGGAGUCUGCGCCCAUCAACAAAUAUAUUAAGGGAACUAUUUUGAUGAAGUAUCCACCUCACGAACUUGGAACAGGAGAAAAAGUAUUGAAAAUAGUUUUGGAAGAAUCGACCACACAGCCUUCGACAUCCAACCAAGCAUCAAUCAACACCUUUAUAUUUGGGAAGUUGGUGGACGACUGUGAGAGCAUUCUAAAACAAGGGGACACGGUGGUGCUCACGAAUUUCCAAGCCAGCAAGUCCCCGAGUGCCAGCAAGGAUGGACGGCACGCUUUCCAGCUUGAACUCUCCGAUGAGGAAGGAGCCACGGUCUUUGUUUGCUGCAAAACUGGGCCGGAAUCAGCAGCAAUCAUCCGAAAGACUAAGGUCGUCAUGCAGGAUUAUACAUACGCGCCGCUCAAUACGAUCAAAGAUGGAGUCACUGUCAACGUAUACGGUGUUGUGAAAUUCUUUAAGCAGCCUUAUCGCAGCAAAGGAACAGAUUACUGUAUGACAGUCACCAUAGUGGACCCUACUGGUGCGAAACUUCACUGUGUGAUCUUCAACGGAAACGCUGACCAUCUACCUAAAAUCUACAGAACCGGGGAUGUGGUUCGUUUCCACCGAGUCAAGAUUCAAGAAUUCAACAGUGAGCUCCAGGCCAUCAGUGCUCCUGGUUUCUCGGUCUUGACGUUUGAUGGAGCUCUGGGCGUGCCCGCCACACCGCGGGCAUCCAGCAAGUCGUACCACUUCACCGCCACUGAUCUGCAGAUGGUGGAGGAUCUGCGCAGGUGGGCAAAUGCCAACACCUCCACCUUCAAGACCACCGUCACACUCGCAGAUGUCAAGGCCGCCGAGUAUUUUGACCUCACCUGCCAACUCGUAGCCAAGGGUGUUGUGGACCGGUCUGCUGUUAUGCUCAAGGUCUGGGACGGCACCAAAUGUCCACACACAUUAAAGGACGUUCCAGUCGACCGCAGCGCUCUGGAGGGAGAUGCGAGUGAGAUUACACGCCUGGGCCCACUGACGGUGGAUGUCCUGACCUACGACAACCACACUGCAACAGCAAAGUCUCUCAAGCCGGGAACCUACCUGAGAAUCUGCAACCUUCACGCCAAGCUGGCCGUUGGAAGCAGCGAGACGCGGAGCGGGUGCCCGGGUGCUGCGCCCAAGAUGGAGUUCCAUCUUCACGGGGGCACGACGUACGGCCGAGGGAUAAUGCCGCUGCCCACCGACUGCGAGGACGUCCGUCAGCUGAAGCGAUCUUUAGAAUCAGCACUUUCUUCGGACCAGGACAGCAUGGAAGACCUCACCCUGUUGGAUGUAUUGAACAGUUCAAGUGGACCUUCAGCAUCAGAAGAAAUCUCAGCCGGUUGUGUGGAGCGUUGUCAACAGGAGUCUAGGACAGUGCUCACGGCUCAUCAACACAUCAGCCCAAAGUCGCUUGGAGAAGUCUUGCACCAAACAGCUCCACGCAAGCAUCGCAUUCGAGCAAAGCUGGUGAAUUAUGAACCCAGAGCUCUCCACCAGUCAGUGAAGUUGUACUGUCCCCAUUGUCGUUCACUGCAGGAGGUUCCAGGCGACGAUGACCUUGACACGUGGCUGCUGGAUGCUGGCAGGGCGGGGGCGGGAGCGGGCUCUUGCUCCGAGCCGCACGACGCUGGCUGGUACGAGACAACUGUGUGGGAGCAAGGGGACCAGCGUCGACGACAGAUCACCGUCCGCUUCGUGAAGACAAACAGGCUGCGAAGGACUCCCGAGCGCUCCACCAUCCUGGUGGAAGGUGUAUCUCUGAAUGAGCUGUACCAGUUCUCCGAGACAUUUGGCAACAUCAUUCCUACUGCAACCAGACCUGAUGACUUGGUAUUGAAUGACCUUUCCAUCCCUUUCCUGAUUCAAGACGGGAGUUGGCAUUACGGUUGCAGACGUUGUUCUGACCCUCGACCAGUGAGUGUUCUUCAGUCACUGACUCAAGAUGAUACGUGGGAGUCGUCGGCAAUAGCAAAAGCUUUAGGUAUCCAGCAGCUGAGUUAUGUUUUCGUCAUGAAGUUUACUCUCGACGAUGGAUCGGGAUCACUGGAUGCGUUUCUGUGGGAUGAAGCGGAAAAAUUCUUUGGGAUUUCUGCAGCGGAUGUUAUGAUCAGUGAAGUACUUCAGGAAAAGCUAACAAGAAUAAUGAACACAUUAUGUCCUCCAAAGACAAGUCCAGAGGAUUAUCCAUGGCUGGAGUGCUGCCUCAAGUCCUAUUACGUUGGGGAAGGUUUGGACCAGAAGACCUGCUAUCAAGUGUUCGAUUCGACAGUGGCAGGACUUGAAGACAUUUAGUAUUUCACGUCCACGAUCUUCGCCAACUUUACCACGAGUGCGCCCUGUUGUACUUUGAUAUAUAUCACUGAAACAAAGGCAGCGUCUUCACCAUUCUACGGGUCAGGAGAAGGGUUGAUAUACACUUCAGGUUUCAUUCACUGGCAUCAUGGACGGGAAGCAGACUGCAAUACGCCGGGUUUGCGCCCACCGUGGGCGCAACGUAUACUUGGGGUUGGAUUUCUCCCUCCGCAAGUGCUUUACCAUCCGCUGCCCUGCCUCAAUUGGAAUGGAAUGUG